AUGUUUGGAUCAACUUCCUCGGCGUCGUCACAACGUCAUCUGCAGGGCCUCGUGACACGCCGUGCGAUUACUGCCGAGCCAAAGAAUGCAGCACAAUACUUUGGAUACGUAGCUGCCGGUGUUCAGUAUAAUGAAGAGCUUACAAAGUUGCGGACAUAUAAUUUGAAACGAAGAGCUACGAUUGCGUAUAAAGGCUAUGAAGCUGUACUAAUUCGCAAGAAACGUGUGACAACGGGUCAUAGCAUGAAGCCAUCGGUUAAUAACAUGAUGUACGUCUCAAGACCGGGAGCAAUCCCGACACCAACCACGGCCACAUUCAAUCCAGCAGCAGUACUGCAAUUACAGGCGAUGCUUCCUAGAGCACAGCCGGCUAUAGUCAAGCCAGUACAAAAGAUUGCAGCAGCAGCAGCCGCAUCGUCUGUGAUCCCAUCGACGACAUUGACAACGUCUACGGUCACGUCUUCAGUCACGACUGGAAAGAUGACGGCGGCACAAAUGCAACGACAUCAACAGCAAAUGAAGAGUGCACAGUUACAGCAACAGCCGAAAAGAUCGGACUUUGUCGUAGGCACGACAGUACUUAUCCGGAAUACUGCUGAUUUGAUUGCGUGUGGAGCGCGAAAUCUGGCAGGUAAGAAUGGACGUAUAGUUGCUGCCCCCCAGAUCUACGGACAGGAACUUUUUUCGGUCUACAUUGACGAGCACGAGGCGCUCUUUCAGGUCCCAUUCAACGCGUUAACACUUGUUGCCCGCCCGACGCCAACCCAACAGCAUCAGACGCAACAAAUGCAGGCGCACCUUAAUGUUGCGGCGGGGCAGAUUGCUUCGAACCAGAUGCAACGUCUGAACGGUCAAGUCUCAAGGGGGUCGAAAUCAGCAGAGCAGAUUAAGAUGGAGCACUCUUUCCAGCUUCACCGCCUCAUGCAGCAGCAAUAUCGUGAAAUUCAGGUCUUGCAACAGCGCUAUGCAGAGUGUCGACUUGCAGAUCCUACAGCGCUGUCAGGUAUUCAGAAGGAGCUGUCGAAAUUACGACUCGUGCAUCUAUCUCAGGUGCAAACCCUCAAAAGCAAGCAGGCAUUAGAUAUGAUUGGCAAGUAG